CUCCAUCUCUCUCUCAGUCUGCCUCUCUCGCUAGCUUUGUAUUUUUCUCCUUUGCCUUUCUAACUCAGCAUCCACCUCUCGUUGAUGGCGUGUGUCAGUGCUGUUGGGGCGACUGGGGCCUAACGCGCUGGGCCCUUCCCCCGGUUCUCUACACCUUCCCUGGGCCUCUGUCUCUGCCUCUUUCGUCGGCCCGACAGCCUGCCUGGCUACCUCCCCCACCCCCCGUGUGCUGGUGUCUGGGCUCAAGGGGUGGAGGAGGAGGGAGCAACGACGUUCCGCUUCACUUGGGAGCCGUUCGGCAAUUAGGAAUGCCCUAGACCCAGCAUCAUUUAGCCACUUGGAAUAUCUCGGGUUCCUCCAUCCGCCUGUCUGUCUCUCUAUCCAUCUGUUGGUCUCCCUCCAUCCGUGGAGGGGGACAGAGGAAUGAAAAUCUGCAAUCAUGAUGGAAGGACUGAAAAAACGUACCAGAAAGGCCUUUGGGUUACGAAAGAAAGAGAAGGAUACAGAUUUCAUGGGCUCACCUGACAAAGAUGGAGUAAGUGCGAGAAAGAAAAAGACCAACGGGGCUCCAAAUGGCUAUUAUGGGGAGAUUGAUUGGGAUCGAUAUGCAACUCCAGAUGUGGAUGCUGAGGGCUUCAGUCUCAGACCCGGAGAAGAAGAGGAAACAGGUCCCAAAGGCAAGCAGCACUUCUUGUCCUCCAGCGACUCGGAGGACGAGGACGACAAGAGGAAGUUCAAGAUCAAGAUCAAGCCGUUGCCUUCCGACACUGCCAAGUGUGCCGUCCCAUCUAUGGACGAACUGAAAGCUUCAGUUGGGGGCUUGGCUCUAUCUCCCUCUCUGAGGAGAAGUCCGAGACGCAGCCCGGGCUCGAUAAAGAGACACCUGUCUUGUGAGGAGAUUGCCAGACCCAGACGCUCCACCCCUACGCCAAGCCCCGCCCCCGAGACACAAAGUGAGAGAGUAUCCAAGAGUCGCAGAGCAUCUCCAGCUUUCUACGGGCUUCCUCCGGAGACGACCUCUGAGGCACGCAGAUAUGAUAGUAACAGAAAUGAUGGUGAAGAGAUUGCCAGACCCAUACGCUCCACCCUUACGCCAAGCCCCGCCCUCGGGACACAAAGUGAGAGAGUAUCCCAGAGUCGCAGAGCAUCCCCAGCUUUCUACGGGCUUCCUCCGGAGACGACCUAUGAGACACACAGAUAUGACAGUAACAGAAAUGAUGUGGUCUGCAUAGAGGCCGAUGCAUGGUGUGACUCCAGACCAUACCCUGACUCCCUUCUGACCAGAUCCUUUCCCACAGGAGCUCCUCCUCCACUGCCUCCCAAGAACAUCCCAGCAGCUAGUCAAGGCUAUUCUUUGACGGAUUCUUACGCUGAUUUACCCAAUGGGAGAAUAGUCCCAAGCCCCAACCCUAUCUACCUGAAUGUCCAAUCCCCAGCCUCGUACAGAGGUUCCCCUGUGCCUGACCUGGAAAACGUAUUCGGCCCCAUGGAAUCUUCCCAGACCAGUGAGGACAGGGCCUCGCCCCGAUGGAUCAGCUUCAACAGCGAGAGACCGCCCCCACCAGAUGAACCGGCCCCGCCUCCGCCCUCUGCCUCUCCUCCUUCCGACUCGCCCCACUCCCUCUCCUCCACCCCAGACUCCCCCUGCCUCUCCCCGGGCCCCCUCCGGAUGAGCCUCCCCCCUCCCCACCGCCCUUCUCCUCUCCCCCCCGACUCUCCCAUCUCCAUUAUCUCUAUUCCUCCUCCAGAUGAACCCGUUCCUCCCCUGCCUCCCGACUUCUCUCCCGUGGACUCUCCGCCAUGCAUCGGCAUCGAUCCUAGUCUGUUUUUGGAUGAUGAGAUACUGGGGUACUCCCCUGCUCCCUCUGGCCCACUGGAGUACUCCCCUGCCCCUACCAGUCCCAUCCCUCCCCCCCUGCCUGUGGAGCGCUACCCUCGGACGGGUGUCCCUUCCCCUCUGGCGUUCCUGAGGGAAGAGCAGCCUGACUAUAUGGCCUCACCCCUUGGGCUGACCCCGGGCUUCAGGGGCACGCCGCCCCCACUCCCCCCACUCACCUACAGGUCCAUGGUAUCCUCCCCUGGACCCUGCCCAGGCAGCGGCCCCUCCUCUCCAGCUCGUCCUUCCACGCCCCUGUCAGGAGGCAGUCCAAUCCCUCCCCCUCUUCCUACAAGGCCCUCCUCUCGACCCAAACUGCCCCCUGGGAAACCAAUAGGAGACCUGACUCGACCCUUCAGCCCCCCAGUCCGGCAGCCCCCUCCCUUCGCCCCCCUGGCCCGGGCCGAGAGUUCCUCCUCAAUCUCCUCCAUCACCUCAUUGAGCGCAGGCUCCACCCCCACCCUGGGGAGAGAACUCAACAUAUCCACCACAGAGGAAAAACAGCCAGCCAUGGUAUGGUUUGACCAUGGCCGGUUUUAUUUGUCUUUCGAAGGAUGCUCCAGAGGACCCAGCCCACUCACCAUGGGAGCCCAGGACACUCUGCCUGUGGCGGCUGCCUUCACCGAGACCAUCAACGCCUACUUCAAAGGAGCCGACCCCAGCAAGUGUGUGGUAAAGAUCACUGGGGAGAUGGUGCUGUCUUUCCCUGCGGGCAUCACCAGGCACUUUGCUAGCCACCCGUCUGCCCCCGUGCUCACCUUCAGCAUCAGCAACUACAGCCGGCUUGAGCAGGUCCUCCCCAAUCCACAGCUACUGUGCUGUGACACCACCAUGUCCAAUGUGGACACCAAGGAAUUCUGGGUAAAUAUGCCAAACCUGAUGAGCCACCUGAGGAGAGUGGCUGACCAGAAGCCUCAAGCAACCUACUACAAUGUGGACAUGAUCAAAUAUCAGGUGGCAGCCGAUGGGAUCCAGUCGACUCCCCUGAACCUGGCAGUGAGUUGGCGUGGCGACGCCACCAGCACGGAUCUCAGGAUAGACUACAAAUACAACAUGGAAGCCAUGGCCGCCCCCUCACCCCUCCACAACAUCCACUUCCUGGUCCCUGUGGACGGGGGCGUGCACAAGCUUCAAGCCAUGAUCCCCACUGCUACCUGGAAACCAGAGCAGCAGAAAAUUCUAUGGAAGAUACCAAGCCUUUCCCAGAGGUCUGAAAAUGGAGGAGUGGGGGCUCUACUGGGUAGGUUCCAGUUGACAGAGGGUCCCAGUAAGCCGUCCCAGUUGGCGGUGCAUUUCACCAGCGAGGGCAGCACUCUGUCAGGCUGUGACAUCCAGCUGGUGGGGACUGGCUACAGGCUCUCGCUGGUCAAAAAGAGAUUUGCAGCAGGGAAAUAUCUGGCGGACAACUAGUCACCACUGUUGUAAAAUUACACCCUUUCACCCAUACAAUGGCUUUUGAUUGUGAGGAUGAUGAGAGUCUACUAUGGAUUCCUCAUUCAAGCUACCAACUGAAAAAACAACUGAAACCUUACACUUGAGCAGGGAAGGGUGGACGAUGGGAUAGAAGCAACAACAGGAUGUGAUGUAAUUCACAAAGUUGACUGGAGUAUCACUUUGUUUUAACACGCUCAAUACAGUAGUCUCACUGUUGGGGUUUAUGCAAGUAGUACAGUCCUUUUCCGUUCUGUGCACCUUGAGGGUUGUCGAGGCAAAAAUAAGGAAUUCAACACUUACUUUCAUCAAAGUAAUUUAUCAUUGGCACCGCAUACAGUAAUCAAGUUUUAUUUGUGAGAAGAAACAUGUGAAUGGGUGAUGGUGGAAGAUUCACUGGACUGAUUUAUGUGAAAAGAUAGAUACUGUUAACAUUCAUUGAUAAUUCAAUAGAUUAUGAAAAUAACUCCAUUCGCUAUGAUGACAUUUAGAUUUGUAUUAUUUUAUGCUUUUUCUUUUUUCAUUUCUCGGGUUGGUAAAACUAAUAUUGUACCAGCUGGUACUGUACCAGCAGGUUGAGGCCCACAACUUGGAGUCAAUGUGGAAACAACAUUAUGUAUGUGGUGGUUGUGUGUUUGCUGGGAGGUCAAGUGGGUUAAUGUAAUGGUACACAUUGUUUACCUGAUUUGUGGAUGACAAAAACAAAGCAGGCUGCCUUACAGGCUGGAUAGUAGAGUUGCCUUGGACCAGAGAAAUGACUGAUCUGUUUGUCCCUUAGAGUUGUGUGCAUCUCCAGGAGGCCUAACCAAGCAAAACUGGUUGAAAUGACAUCAUUACAAUGAGAAACUGUUUGAAAUUAUGCCGAAACUGGUUGAAAUUCAUUCUUUAUGGUGUCAAUUCAACCAGUUUGAACCAGUUUGGCCUCACUGGGAAGUAUAACCGAAGGACAUCAAC